UUCCUGUGUUUAGUAACAGCUCCAUGGCUGCUGAUCUGAGAACAGUCCUAUCCGUCUACAAUCAGCCAUUUUAAAGCUAACACGAAUAUAAAGAACUGACCCCAGAGCAGCAGUUUGUGUGCCGAUGUCUCCCUUCACUUUUCACGUUUUAUAAACUUGGAGCCGCUUCCUUGUUCCCGCAGCGGUUCUGUCAAGGUCCAAACAUGGCUCAGAGAGCGUUAUAUCACAGCCUGGGCUGCCGGCUGCUUCACGGUCACGUUAAAGUCUUACAGAGAUGUACUCAGACACGAGCUGUCAGACUCUCACACACUGUUUUACGGAGAGAAGCUGGACUGAAACACACACCGUCGCCGCUGAGAGUCCACUGCUGCCUGGUGAAUGUGAAUCAGUGGCACAACUGCAGAACAGCUCAGAGGCUGUGUCAACACUCCAGAACCUUCUCCUCACUGCCUCCACCGCCUAAAUCGGAAGAAAAGACGGUCAAGAAGUCUGGGCCGGUGACAUGGAAGUCUUUAGCAAUAACAUUUGCGAUCGGAGGCUCUCUGCUCGGAGCGAUGAAAUACUUCAAGAAAGAAAAAGAAGAAUUGAUCGAAAAAGAACGAACCAAAUCGAUCGGCCGGCCGGCGCUGGGCGGUCCGUUCUCGCUCGUCGAUCACAACAACAAGCCCACCAAGAGCGAGGACUUCCUCGGCCAGUGGGUCCUCAUCUACUUCGGGUUCACUCACUGUCCCGACAUCUGCCCGGACGAGAUAGAGAAGAUGAUCGAAGUGGUCGACGAAAUAGAUAAAAUAUCAUCUAUUCCAAACAUCACGCCCAUCCUCAUCACCAUCGAUCCUGAAAGGGACACAGCAGAGGCCAUGGCUGCGUAUGUGAAAGAGUUUUCCCCGAAGUUGAUCGGCCUGACGGGAACACAACCUCAGAUCGAGGAGGUCUCCAGAGCCUACAGAGUUUAUUACAGUCAGGGACCAAGAGACGAAGACAACGACUACAUCGUGGAUCACACGAUCAUCAUGUACCUCGUCGGACCUGACGGAGAGUUUGUGGAGUACUUUGGACAGAAUAAAAGAAACGUGGAGAUCGCCAACUCGAUAGCGGCACACAUGAGAAAGUACAAGAACAAGAAGUGAGCAGCAGCCCGAUGAAAACCUGCCGCGGACUGACGGAUUCUGUCCUCUGCGUUUCUGAUUUAACUCACUGCCACCUUACAUUGGCUUCCUGUGCUGUAUUUAUUUUUGACUGUCUGCAGUAACAUUCCUGUCGAAGAGUGGCGUGCAGAAGAAAAACAGGCCCGAUCUGUAAUUACCCAUAAUACACUUCACGCUGCUGCUGCUGAAUGGAUGUAAUUUAACCGCUUGAAAAUAAUUGUACACAUCGGCUCCUUUCAGCUCCUCAUCUCUUGAUUUCUGGAAACACACGAGGACAAAUGAUGUAAAUGAAGUGAAUAUUUUGAUUUUGUGAUAAAAUAUAAAAAUGCC